GGGCCUGAGAGACCAAGUCAGACCAGCAUCUUACUUCAACCAGGCGUCCCAAGCUGUUGUUCAGGAGUCUCCUUCCUAAGAGAGUGAGGUCUUCAAGGAUGGGAACCUGGGGCUCCUGUUCCUUUGGGGACAGUUCACUUCUGCUGUUACAGUUCACCAAGGCCAAGGGUUGCUGACGCCUGAAGAGAAGAGGGAUAAAAUGGUGUCAAAUACAGCAGAAGGGUCCAAGAAGACUUAAACGGGAUUUGGCAAAUGGAAAGUGCUUACAGUAGAGAAGAGAGAGCCAGAUUGUGAAUUAAACCGCCACCAUGUCGAGCAAAAAGGCAAAGACCAAGACCAAGAAGCGCCCCCAGCGUGCGACCUCCAACGUGUUCGCCAUGUUUGACCAGUCCCAGAUUCAGGAGUUCAAGGAGGCCUUCAACAUGAUCGACCAGAACAGGGAUGGGUUCAUCGACAAGGAAGACUUGCAUGACAUGCUUGCUUCUCUAGGAAAGAACCCAACCGACGCGUACCUGGAAGCCAUGAUGAACGAGGCUCCAGGGCCCAUCAACUUCACCAUGUUCCUCACCAUGUUUGGGGAGAAGCUGAACGGCACAGACCCAGAAGACGUCAUCAGAAAUGCUUUUGCCUGCUUUGAUGAAGAAGCAACUGGCACCAUUCAGGAGGAUUACCUGAGAGAACUGCUGACCACAAUGGGAGACCGGUUUACAGACGAGGAAGUGGACGAGCUGUACAGAGAAGCACCUAUUGACAAAAAGGGGAAUUUCAAUUACAUCGAGUUCACUCGAAUCCUUAAGCAUGGAGCGAAAGACAAAGAUGACUGAAGGAACUUGAGCUAAAACUUUCCAAUUACUUUGUCUUACUCUAUAUUGUUUCCUAGACAUUUCUCCCCACCCCCCAUAGGCCUGUUGCAUGCAACUUUGAUUCACAGCUUUGCCUUUUUUUUUUUUGGUGUAUUUAUUCUAGACCUUCCUGCCACUUAGCACUUGUAUAAUCAGACUGCAAAUGGGGAUGGAGUUGUAAAUUGUAUUGAAAAAAGAGAUUGCAAAUAAAAAUCAACAAAUGUGAAAGCCCAGGAAAAUAUAUCCGGUAUUUCUGGUUUUGCUGGAUUUUUACAUUUUUAUAUAAUAAAAAUGCUAUUUUGAAAUAAA